AAUUUUUUUAUUGGAGAGGAGAAUGAAAAAAAAAGAAAAAGAAAAUAAAAAAAAGAAAAAAAAAAGAAUGUGAUCCGUUUUUUUUCUCUUUAUUAUCACAAAAAAAAAACUCCAAAAUGUCAUCUUGGCUUUCACAAAUCACCAGUACAGUUACCAAUAUUGCGGGUAUUGCAGAAGAAGGAUCGGUAAAGACACCGGGUGAUUCAGCUAUUGAUGGACAAUAUUACAGUGAGUUAGUUGCAAAGGAUUAUGAAUGGACUUUGGCUUCUGGUUCUGCUACCGAAAAUCAAAUCUUUUAUAUGACUACCAAGACGGGCGGAUUUAUUUUUGUCCAAUUGAUCUACUCUGGUAUUGGUCUUUGGAAGCCCACCGUCUCCUUCACUUGCCGUUUUUACGAUCCCUUGUCCAACAAGAACAAGUUCAAGAACUUUAACCAAGCAUCUGAAUUCACACUUUCCAAAGAUCGUCGUUCUGUCAAGACCGAAUUCUUCAAUGUGACACUGGAUGAAACUCUGAGCAAAUACAAGCUUUCGAUCACACAUCCUGAGUUGAUUGUUGAUUUAGAUUAUGUUCGUAUUGAUAAAGGAUUUAAAGUGGGUGAGGGUAAGACCUUUUUGGGUGGUAAAGAUCAGAAUUCGGCCGCCGGUAUUGUUUCACAUAAAUUCUGGCCUCGUUGUGCUGCUAAAGGCACUGUCAUUAUUGAAAAGCAAUAUUACGAAAUUGAUGCUCAUGGUAUGUUUAUUCAUGCCAUUCAAGGUAUGCAACCUCAAUUGAUCGCAAGCAAGUGGAACUUUAUCGAUUUCCAAGCUGAAAAUGCUGCUCUUUCCAUGAUGCAAUUCACAACAACAAAGCAAUACGGUGGUGUUGAGGUCAAUCAAGGUUCCAUUGUGCUUAAUGAUAAAUUAAUAAGUGUUUGUGUCGAAAAUAACGUGGAGAUGCUCAAUCUCAAAAAGGAUCCCGAAACUGAUUAUGAUAUCCCUCAAAGCGUUCAAUUAUCUUGGAAGGGUAAGACAUUAAAGGAAAAUCCCAAUGAUCAAGUCAAAGACGUCUCAGUUGUGAUGGUUGUUCCUCUUAAGAACUUGAUUGAUAAGAUUGACAUCUUGGCUGAAAUCCCUUGGUUCCUCAAGAAAAUCGUUCAAACCUUUGUUGUCAAACCCUAUGUUUACCAAUGGCUUGAUGAUGCAACCGCCGAAAUCACCAUUGGUGACGAAAAAUAUUCUUGUCCUGGUAAAUGUUAUCAAGAACUUGUCUUUGUAUCUGCUUUUUAAAAUCCCCCCUAAAUCCCUUAUAAUCACCUUUCUCUCUCUCUUUCUCUCUUACAUAAUUUACUAUAAUUCAAUUUUCUCUUUUCAUAAUACUAUUUUGUCCGUGUUUUAUUAUUAUUAUUCUUAAAAAAAAAUG